AUGGGUCGAUCUCCUUGCUGUGAUGAACAUGGUAUCAAAAAGGGGCCAUGGACUACGGAGGAAGACGAGAAGUUGAUCGAUUUCGUGGCUAAAAAUGGCCACGGAAGCUGGAGAGCUCUCCCGGAGCGUGCUGGUUUGAAUCGGUGCGGGAAAAGUUGCAGGUUGAGAUGGACUAAUUAUCUUCGUCCCGAUAUUAAGAGAGGGAAUUUCUCCAAGGAAGAAGAAUCUUCCAUAAUUGAGCUUCAUAAAACACUUGGGAAUAGGUGGUCGAAAAUUGCUAGUCAUCUCCCGGGAAGAACGGACAACGAAAUUAAGAAUUUUUGGAAUACCCAUUUGAGGAAGAAGCUUCUCCAAAUGGGUAUUGAUCCAAACACUCACAAGCGAAGAACAGACCUAGACCAUUUGCUCAACCUUUCUCCGUUGAUUAAUGGGAUAAACAAUCCUUUAAACAGCGAUUAUCUAAAGGUGCAAGCAGAAAUAGCCAAACUCCAAGUCCUACAGAAUCUAUGCCAACUUCUAAACCCAACCACCAUGAACGAACCUCUAAACCCUGACCCUAACCCUAACCCUAGCCAGUUUCAGGUAGAUUUUUCGACCCGUUUGGCGCCGGGGUCGGGUUUUGAAAAUGGGUUGGUUGGGUUAGAAACUGGGGAUGUGAAUUAUUAUCCACUUCCUCCAUUGAUUUCUGAGUCGCCUGGUUCAACUUCAAAUGUGAACCAAAUUGAGUGUGGAACAUAUCCAUUUUGUGGCUUCCCCAAACCACCUUCAAUUUUCGACACUUUGGAGUCUAUGAUGAACGAAGAAUCAAGUGAAUCAUACUGGAAUAGAAUUUUACAGUAA